AUGCGCACCCAUGCCGAGGACAAGCCGUAUAAAUGCGAUCAAUGCGGACGCAGCUAUGCGGCCUUCGAUCAUCUGCGUCGCCACAAAGUGACGCACACCGGGGAGCGGCCGUAUGCGGUCCGGCAACAUAAAAUCAGUCAUUCGGGCGAAAAGCCCUUCAAGUGCGACAAAUGCAUGAAGGCAUUCCCAACCAAGAAAGGCCUCAGUAUCCAUAUGCGUGUCCAUAAUAAGGAGGCGCCCGUCACUGCCACCAUCAUCAGCAGCGUCAGCGGCGGCGGCACAACCAAUAGCUCAGCACAGUCCCAAUCGCAAGAUCAGUGUAACAUCUGUGAACGCUUCUAUCUGACCACCUCUAGCCUGGCGGCACACAUGCGCACCCAUGCUCAGCACAGUCCCAAUCGCAAUUGUCGCCGUCGCAGCAACAGCAAUCGGAACGGUUAA